GUGUUGCGUCUUUUUUCUCUCAUUCCACUCAAUUGCAUUUGGUUUUAUACUGUUCUGGGCAAUCGUGUAUUGAAAUGAUCGUCUUCAACGCGAUGACUUCUGAAGGGACAGCAGCUCGAGUAACAUUAAUGAAAAGAAGAAAUAGUGACUCGUUAUUACCAUCACAAGCAGAAAGCUUAAAGGAAGGCUUCAAAGAAGUAGAAGAAGAGCACAAAGAAGCCUUGAAAAGAUUAGAGAAACGAUAUAAAAAUGCUUUUAGACAAUUACACUUGAAACAUAGAGUUUGCAAAGUAUUGAAAACAAAGAGUUGUGAAGGGGCAAGUAAGGAAGGAUAGUAACGCUACUAGAGUCUGAGGAAGAGGUGGUUGGGUGAAUAAUGUGUCUUCAACCUUGUUUUUCUGAGUUUCAGAAGAGAGUGAUUGAAGAAGGAAACAUUAUCUUGAUAAGUAUUAUUAUUUGUAUAUAGGAAUAGUUGUGGUUGUCGUGUGGUUGGAAAUUACUUAUCAUAGAUGAAUUGCAUUUCUAUAUAAAUGUGGGGUCAUAAUUUAUUGACAAGUUUCCACAAAGUAAGAGAGUGUUGAACAAGAUACUGUUGCAACUGUGUUUGAGCGGAAAAUGACCGAUACUUGAAACAAACUCCAACUUCUCGAGCGACUGGUGCUAACCAACAUGAAGACGUUUUCUUUCGUUGCAACAGCCUCUCUGCAGUGCACCUAGUCACAACACACCAGUAAAAUUCCACAACCGGAGGUACCUUUUUCACUUACUUAAAAGCAAAUAAACAAAGGUCACCAACCAAUGACCAAGAAAGGGGAAAGGUACAGUCCACAGAACGAGCAACGUCACAAGUUGCCCUAGAGCGCACCAACCGUAUCAUACUCGGACAACAAGUAUCCACUAUGAUUGGGAAACAAGGAACUUGCUGUUGGAUGUCAAAACUUCUCUUUUGGAAUAAAAAUAUUUGCCUUGAA